UACCACCCCCCUACUUGGUGUUGGUGUCAGGCCUUGACCGAUAGAUGGCGCUCCCCCGGCCUGUGCCCGGGCUCUGACGUCACUGCGUUCCUGAGCAUGCCUACAAAGCGUCGAAAAUAAACAAUAGAGCAAGUACGGGGAAGCUGGCUGUCGAGGUGUCGAAAACUUGGCGAAAAUUCACGGCGUACGCGGUCUGAGCGACGACAGAUCGACCCGAGCGGACGGAAGGGAAAGGCUAUCGCCAUGGAAAAGCUGUUCUCGUUGCGAGUGAGCGUCUUCUCCGACCAGGGCGGCAGGAAAUACAUGGAGGAUGUAACCGAUGUGGUGGUGGAGCCCGAGCUGGGGGAGGACGAGCUGGACUCGGUCGCGCCGGCGGAGAGGAAAGAGGGCAGCGCCGAGCCUGGCGAGCACAGCGCCGGGGACGGGGCACAGCCGGGGCCGCGGAGCAGCAGCGGCUGCACCGGCCCCGGAGUGACGUGGACGCGACACCUUUCAGCCGAGAGACGGGAAAGUUUCGCGGUGGCGGCGGCGGCGGCAUCGUCCCCGGGGCAGGAGCGCGGCGCCUGCCUCGCCGAGUGUCGCCCCCGGAGGUCGGUGGCGUUCUUCGCCGUCUUUGACGGGCACGGCGGCCGGGAGGCGGCCGAGUUCGCCCGGAGUCACCUGUGGGAUUUUAUAAAGAAGCAGCGAGGCUUCUGGUCGACGGACGACGAGGAAGUGUGCGCUGCCAUCCGCAAGGGCUUCAUUGCCUGCCAUCACGCCAUGUGGAAGCGGCUCCCGGAGUGGCCGAAGACGCUGACCGGGCUGCCCAGCACCUCGGGCACCACGGCGAGCGUGGUGGUGAUCCGGGGGGACAAGAUGUUCGUGGCGCACGUGGGCGACUCCGGGGUGGUGGUGGGGCUGCAGGACCACCCCUCCGACCAGUUCGUGCGCGCCCUGGAGGUCACGCAGGACCAUAAGCCCGAGCUGCCCCGGGAGAGGGAGCGCAUCGAGGGCCUGGGGGGCAGCGUGAUCAAGAAGUCGGGGGUGAAUCGGGUGGUGUGGAAGAGGCCCCGGCUGACCCACAACGGUCCCGUGAGGAGGAGCACGGUCAUCGAUCAGAUCCCUUUCCUCGCUGUAGCGCGGGCUCUAGGUGACCUGUGGAGCUACGACUUCUACAGCGGGGAGUUCGUCGUGUCGCCGGAGCCGGACACCAGCGUGCUGACCUUGGAUCCGCGGCAGCACCGCUACAUCAUCCUGGGCAGCGACGGGCUGUGGAACAUGGUGCCCCCGCAGGAUGCGGUCUCCAUAUGCCAGGACAACGAGGAGGCCAUGGUGCAGUGCGGGGUGACCAAUGCCCAGCAGCUGGUGAGCCACGCCCUGCUGCGGUGGAGGCAGCGCAUGCUCCGCGCCGACAACACCAGCGCCAUCGUCAUCUCCCUGCAGCCUCCUGGCCGCUCGCACCUGCCGCUGGGCCGCGACGAGCUGCUGGUCAACCUGGCGGAGGGCCCCCAGCGCGCCACGGGGCUGGGCUCCCGAGCCAGCACGCCCAUCAUCUUCCAGACCGCCGACGCCGAGGUGCCCCUGGCCCCCUCGCCCCACUGCGAGCGGCUCCCCCCGCUGGAGAGGAUGAACGGCUUCGCCCCCAUGACGCUGGCCGCGCUGUCCGAGUCGCUGUCCGUCCGCCUGUCCGAAGCCGCCGCGGCCGUCUCCUCGGAGGCCGCGUCCCGGAGCAGUGGGCUGCCCCCGCCGUCCCCCCACCUCCCGCGGGUCCUGGACCUCGCCCUGAGCGCGAGGCCCGACGAGGGCCACCUCGGCCCGGCCCCCGUGGCGCCGGCGCCGCCGCCACCGCCUGGCUGCAAGCGGACCCCCGAGGACCCUGGCUCGGGCCCCGCCAGCAAGAAGCUGCGGCGCAGCCUGCCCCGCCCCACCCACAGCCCGCCGUCGCCGAGCGCGGCCAAGCGCCGGAGCACGGAGAGGCUGGCCAUGCGCCGCAGCCUGCGGGGCCAGAAACAGGCGCAGAGCGUGCCCACGCUCCUGCAGCAGCACCGCAAGGCCGCCGUGUGCGUGUGCUGAGCAGCGUCGGCCACCAGGGGGCAGCCAAGACUCUCGGGGAGACGGGACGCGCCGCCCUGCCCGACUCUGCCCUGCAGGCGCCACCGCCGGACAUCGCUCAGGGUGGACAGGAAACGCAGGCGGGUUUUGGAGCCGUUCUCGCGUCCUUUGUUACGGUGUAAGAUUUUGUAAAUUUAAAAUGCAGCUUCCUGUAGGAGGUGUUAUACAUAUGUGUGCAGGGGAAGGGGUGAGAGAUCCAAUAUCUUUCACAUCUGAGAUCACGGUAAAUAUUCAACUGCUCACGUCUGUCUUUGUGUUCCUUACAAGAAGGUUGUCGUGCGGUGUAUCCUUUUGAGUUUUACCUCUGUUCCUUAAAAAGUCGACAAGCAAGCGACAAUGUAUCGAUUCAUCUGCUUGUAAAUAAUGCGCAAGGAAAAACCGCCUUUAUAAAAUAGGGCUCGCUUGAUUACUGCACUGAGUGGAGCCGUAUAUAUAUAUUUUUAUACAGUCUUCUAUUUUAAUAUUUUAAAACGCAGAAGGAUACACCAUUCUAACUUUUUGUUCUUUUGUGAAUAUUUUAAUAGGUGAUCGUUAACUUUGUUUUCACUUGAUUCACUAUGGUGUCCCAGUUGUGGAUAAUUUAUGCAUCCUGGUUUUAAAAUGUGUAUAUUUAUAUAUUCUAUGAUGUUCUUUUUGUUUCGUCACAGGGUGAGAUCAAGAUUCACCCUAAAACCAAUGGUGCUGCUAUAUUUUCCAGUGGGGAGUUACAUAAGGUGUGAUGAAAUGUGUUGUGAUUAUUGAUGAAGCUUAUGUUCUUAAGAGUGAACUUUCACCCCUGUGUCGUGUGUGCAGGUACAGCGUACUCUGACCUCCCAGGUGUCUCCGAGAACGCUGUUUUGUGCAGUUGAAAAUAACCUGUAGUGGAACUCCUGUUCUCCACUCAAGCUGCUUUUUCAAGGUUACUUUCCUGGGGGGCUGCAGAGGCCUGCUGGGAGCUCGAGUACUCGGUUUCCUGGGAGGCUGUUCACUGUGUGAAUACUGGCAUGUCCCCCUGCACAGACUGUGCAGACUCAUCUCCCAUGUCUUCGGUAAAACACGUGCCUGUGCCAAUAGCAACAGUUGGGUUUUCUGCGCACUGCUGACCUUUAUUGAGGGUAGAGUGCUGAAAAGAUAUUUCUUUCGACUGUUGAUUAGAGCAGUGAACUGGAUUUAAAAAAAAACAAAAUCGUGGGACUUUGAAUUUCAAAGGUCCAUGUCACUCGGGGGACCUGGGAAUUCUGCCAGCUGAUUAAAUAAAACGAUUCAGUUACUAACGCACUGAGAUGAGAAUGAGUCCUAUUGUCUCUGCACUGCAGAGGGGACCAGCUUUUUAGAAUAUGUGCUCCUGGGUAAAGCAUUCAAGAUGGAAAAUAUAGUCUUUGUUUUAGGAUUGCACAAAUAACCUUGUGUGUAGGGUUAAGCCUCCUUGAAUCCACUUACCGUCGUUUAGCGCCGCUCCAGCUGGGGUGGGGUAGAGUUGUCUGGGGGAGGCUGGACUCCCGCCCCAGUUGUGCAGAAGGUGCUUCUGCUCCUUCAUUGUGUCUGCAGCUGUUGCACAGCUGUGCUGGGCCUUGCAUGGCUCUCCAUAGCCCCACCCCCCUCGCACCAGAUCACUUUGUCAUUUCCUGCCACGAGACAGGACAUGGCUUCGUGGGGUUUUAACAAGCAGCCUUCCUCGGGUCUUUCUGUGCGUGAUCUCUGUCUACUCCAAUUGAGCAAAGGGCACUUGGUAGAAACAAAAAGCAGUGAAUCCAAACUUUCUAUUUAUAGUUGUAGCUACCACUUUGACAGAUGACUUCUUCUCCAAUUCUGAUAGUUCUCCCCUGGCUGAUUACCCAGGAAACAGAUGUGUGUUCAGUCCAGUGCAACCGAUGUUUGUUUAAAAUGAAAUUCUGAAACAAGUAUUCCUGCUUUGUCUUGCUUUUUUUAUUUUCUGGUUUCAGUCCUAAUGUAGAAAAGAAUCUAUUCAAUUGAUUCAAUAAGAUUAUAAAUCUAUUUUUAUAUGAUGCAGUCCCUACAGCUAUUGAGUAUUGAAGGUUUUGCACCCAUCAAUUUUAACGGUAUUAUUAUAAAUACAAAUGUCUUCUGGGUUGAAUAAAACUGACAACUUUGAACAUAUGAACAUUAUGAUUUAAAGAUGGUGCUGUUAUUUUUAUUUGAAAAAUGCCUUGUAAAGAUUUUUUUUUCUGGCAAAUGUGAUGAACUCUUGUAUAUGGAUGUACAUUUGCAAAUAGACUUUAAAUAUAGCUGUAACAGUUCUGGUUCUAUCUAUGAGGUCAUAUCUUACUCUAGAAUGGAGGCAUCUCGGUUUCACCCUGUUCCAGCCUGUCGCCAGGUGCAAAUUCAUAUUUCAGACUCUUCAGGCCAAAGAGAAAAAAUAAUGAUUAUUUUCUGAGUGAUCAUGUGGAAAAAGUAAAUUUCCUAUUUUGUGUAGGAAAUGAAAAUUCUAAAUAUCUGGGCUUCUAAAAGAGGCUAAUGCAUUUUUUAAACUGGUACUUGAGUAAAUUUAGUCUUUUGUUUUCCAAAAUGAUGGUGUGGAAAAGUGGAUCUGUGCUUCUUCUCCGGUCCGGUGGCUGGGCUGUGGGAGGUGCAGUGAGACGCUGGACACUCUUAUUGUCUGUUUUUCACUUGCUCUAGCCCAGUAAACUUUUUAAACUGAGUAGCUGCUGUGGUUGACAAUGAAUGAUUCUUCAUGGAUUUUUAAAAUGAUAUAAUUAAGCUUGGUGGUUGGUGGUUUUUAACAUUUGGGUUAAUCAAUAAGUGUGGAUUUCUGUUGAGUAUCUUGUUUGUUGGUGGAUACUUGUGAGACUGAUUGUUGCUUACAAAACAAGGAACGUUAUCUGAAGUUUGAGGAGUUGUCAGCUCCCGGAGACUAGUAUGGGUACAAAAAAGGGUAGAAUUGACUUGUCUCCUGAUAACACCUACAAGAAAAAUCUUUUGAAGUAGCUGUUAAUUCUGUGGAAUUUCAUUAUUUCUGAUAGCAGGUAUCGAUUAAUUUUUGGGGGCAAAGUUACUUGGCCAUCGAAAUCCUUUUCUGUGAUAAAAAUUAAAAACAACCCUUCCAUCUUGUUGGAUAGGAGUGUUUGGGGGGAAAAGUACCAUUUGUUGCCAGAUGUUUGUUGACUUUGCCUUGAUUCUGGGCCCCUUUCGUAAGGGGAGGUGCUAGUGUGGUGGUUUGCGCUGUUGCCUCAUUGGUAUUUGGUCCCUGGUCAGAUUUUGGCUUGGGGGAUCCUCUGUGGAGAACUUGCGUGUUCCCUGUGCCAGCGUGUGUUUUCUCCGAGUGCUGCUGUUCCCUUUCACCCGCCUCCCUAAGACAUGCUGCCUAGAUCCUGGCACUCCGUGAUCCUGACGUCCAGGAAUGAGCGGCUUUCUGCUCAAAGGUCAAAGACAAAGGUCUGUUCCUCCACCACAAAACAGGAACAAAAGAGUGAAGCUGUUUCCUGCUUCCAUUCACAACACGGAUUGCUGGGAUUAGAGUUCGGGAGACCGAAAUGGGUGCAAAAUAUUAUCUCCCCAACAGAUAAGCUAUGGUUUCUUUUCGUAAUUUAACCCACAUAUAGCAUUUAUAAGGGAGUCUGCAAACAAGAGGAGUGCAAUCGUACCGUCUAGGUUGUUUAGUUUUUUUUUUUAUAGCGAGUUGUUUUGAUCCUAUUGUUUUUUUAAAGAUAGGAUAGGUUUAGAUUUCAACAGCAUAGCUUGUUCCAGACUCCCACAACUCUUUGUGUUAUGAAGCUCCUUGUACCUUUUGUUUGAAAUGCACUUCAAUGUAGUUUGUGCCCUCCGAUUUGUGCUUCAUCUUUAAUUCUGAAGAAAUACAAUGAAUUAAUUUGGUCGAUGCCUUUGAGAAUUUUGAAUACAUGUAUUGUGUCCCUUAGUCUUCUGUUUGCUGCUAAAUAAGAUUUUUCUGUAGCUGGUCGAAGUUGAACAUUCCUUUGAUCCUUGGUCUAUAUCUGAUUCUUCCUCUCUGGUCUGAUUCCAGAGCAGCAAAACCUGUUUUGUAUUAUGGUGACCAAAACAUAACGCAUUAUUCUAAAUAUGGUCUUAAUAGUGCAUUGUACAAUUUUAAUAUAACAUCCCUUAAACUAAA